CCAUAUAACACCAAACACGAGAUUGAUAGAAUCUCACCGCAUCCCCAGUCGUGCCUGAAGCAACUUGCAUAUAAGAGCGAUUGUCAAGCCAAAGAUUUUCCAGGCAACUGAAACAACUACACUUGCAACCAUGCUUCAUUUUACACUGGCCAUUUCCUUGCUGCUCGCGCUCGGCACUGGAGUUAGUGCAGAAUGCGAAGCCUGUCCUAAUUGCGAUUAUGAAAAUAUCAGUAUUCAGCAAGGGGAUGCAUGUCUUAACUACUGGACGUGCUCAGGUGAUACUAUCAGCUGCUAUUACCCCUCUGUUGCAAAUCCGGGAACGUGGAAUACCUGCUCAUAUGCUCCAGCGAAUGAUUGGGCACUCGUAUCUGGCCCCAGCGAUAUCUGUUUCCCGUAUGCGGGAAUCAACUCCAAAUGUCAACCUGGGAAUGACCCUUACAACCUUGGCAUCCCAGGCUGCACCGCUUCAUAUGGGCUUGUCGAUGAAGGCAACAGUCAGCUGUUAUAAAGUAAAUGAAUCGAGGAGUUAAGGAGCCUGGUGCGCAUGGGCUACCUUUGGAUGAAUCCAUGUCUUUCACUCAAGAGUUCAAGUUUAUACAAUUCUCCUACUUACUAUAUGGCAUAGCGAUGCUGAUCCGAUGGUCGGCGAACCUGUAUCUUUCGGAUUAAUAUCACAGGCAUGCAAAGCGUUACUCCCUCGCACAACUCAAAUAUGGGUUA